AUGGGAAGGAGGUUUAAUAAUGGGACUAUGAAUGUUCCAAGGCCUAAACUAUUGCCAAGAACUAAUGACGUCACACCUCAUGUGUUAAUAGGAGAUGAGGCAUUCCGAUUGCAAGCACAUGUAAUGAAACCAUUCAAUCAAAGAGUUUCUAGGGUUGAUAGAAGAAAGGAAGAAUACAAUAAGCGCCUAUGCCGAGCUAGACGCGUUGUUGAAAAUGCAUUUGGAUUACUGGCUCAAAAAUGGCGAAUAUAUUUCAAACCCAUGCACCUAAAAGUGUCUUCAGCUAAAAAAGUGAUAAAAGCAACAUGCGUACUCCAUAAUUAUUUACGCUCUAAAACUUGCAAUACCCCGUACUUGCAAAAUAUGUAUUUUACUACUCAACAAAAUAAUGCAAUGAACAAUGAAUAUCAAAAUUUUGAAACUUUGCAACUUUCAGGCGACGACGACGCGGGUCUCUCUGAGACAGCGGCGCCGAGUGUGCCUGCGGUUGCGGCGGCAUCGUAUGUUGUGACUCGAUAUUUGGCGGCGUCGUCUGUGCGCAGACGCGCUUGGGCGCCGUCCCGGCGGCGUCCUCAUAAAAGUCCUGCGGCGGCGGGCGGCGUAAGGAAAUAUUAUGCGCUCGCCUCGCCUUGCCUCGGCGAGCGCAUUAUGUUCGUCACUUGA